AUGCACGUCUUAGGAAGUUUGAUCAUUGUAACGGCCCUCUUGGGUUUUGUUUUUGCCCUACCCAUGGUGACACGCGUGGAAACAGAUCCUGAAUUAACUGCUGGUUUCAUAGAGGGUGAUAUGGUUUUGGAUAGCACCACCCGUAAUGAUUUGCGCGAUGAGGUUUACAGAUGGCCCAACAACACGGUCUACUACAGAUUCCUCACCGAAUUUGGUAAUUGGGGACACCACAAUCACAUUUUACACGGCAUGAAAAUCAUUGAAAGUGUAUCCUGCAUUCGUUUCGAAGAGGCACAUGAAAACAUAACUAAUUACGUCUUUAUCACUGGUUUACCAGCUGGUUGUUUCUCUAGUGUGGGUUACCUAGGUGCUGGAGCUCAGACAUAUAAUUUGGAAAUAUAUCCCUUGGAUCAGGGCUGCUUCCGUUUGGGUACAAUUGUCCAUGAAUUUUUGCAUACCCUUGGUUUCUAUCACAUGCAAAGUAGUGCUAACCGUGACGAAUAUGUUUUCAUCAACAAGACCAACAUUGCAGAGGGAACCCUUAACAAUUUCAACAAAUACAACACAACCGUUGUCGACGAUUUCGAUGAGGAAUAUGAUUAUGGCAGUGUUUUACAUUAUUCCGCCUAUGCCUUCUCGGCCAAUGGUGAAAUGACCAUUGUACCAUUAAAGGAGGAUGAGGCUGCUGGUAUUAUGGGUCAGCGACGUGGCAUGAGCAAGAGUGACAUUAAUCGUUUGAAUUUGAUGUAUCGUUGUCCGGUUAAGGCUUAA